GUAAAGCCCAGCCUCAACGCAAAGAUUUUCGGAGUCGCAUAUGAGUCUUCUUCAACCCCUAAAGACUUGAGAUAAUCUCUGAGCAGUUUCUUAGAGAAGAAACAUGCUUCAGCCAAGUAGUCACUACUCUUCCUCUAGAGAUUUCAGACAUCAUCAUCGUCUAGCUCUCAGUUCUAAAGCUAGGGUUUUUCCACCUCCUCCUCUUCCCUGUAACUUCUCCUCUAGGGUUACUUUCAGGCUUCUUCAACUUAAUUGCUCCUCUUCUUCUCCUUCUUCAGUUUCUCCAGCUCGAUGCUCUAAGCCUAACCCGAGCUCUCGAAAACGCAAAUAUGGCGGCGUAAUCCCUUCCAUUUUGCGUUCUCUUGACUCUUCCACUGAUAUUGAAACAACUCUAGCUUCUCUUUGUCUCAAUUUAAGCCCUAAAGAACAAACUGUUCUUCUUAAAGAGCAGACUCGUUGGGACAGAGUUCUUCGUGUGUUUCGAUUUUUCCAGUCUCACCAAAGUUAUGUUCCUAAUGUGAUUCAUUACAACAUUGUGUUACGAGCUUUGGGGAGAGCUGGGAAAUGGGAUGAAUUGAGGCUUUGUUGGAUUGAGAUGGCUCAUAAUGGUGUUUUGCCUACUAACAAUACUUAUGGUAUGCUUGUUGAUGUUUAUGGUAAAGCUGGUCUUGUUAAGGAAGCUCUUCUUUGGAUUAAACAUAUGGGUCAGAGAAUGCAUUUCCCUGAUGAAGUCACUAUGGCUACUGUUGUUCGAGUUUUCAAGAAUUCCGGUGAGUUUGAUCGCGCUGAUAGGUUCUUUAAAGGUUGGUGCGCUGGAAAAGUUAAUCUUGAUGAUCUUGAUUUGGAUUCUAUUGAUGAUUUUCCUAAGAAUGGCUCAGCUCAAUCUCCUGUGAACUUGAAGCAGUUCUUGUCCAUGGAGCUCUUUAAGGUUGGUGCAAGGAACCCUAUUGAGAAAAGUCUGCAUUUUGCAUCUGGGUCAGACUCUUCUCCGAGGAAGCCAAGGUUAACUUCCACCUUCAACACUCUGAUUGAUUUGUACGGGAAGGCAGGUCGUUUAAACGAUGCAGCCAAUCUCUUCUCGGAGAUGUUGAAAUCUGGAGUACCUAUAGAUACUGUAACGUUUAACACGAUGAUACAUACUUGUGGAACUCAUGGGCACUUGUCAGAGGCUGAAUCUUUAUUGAAGAAGAUGGAAGAGAAAGGGAUAUCCCCUGAUACUAAGACAUAUAACAUCCUUUUGUCUCUUCAUGCCGAUGCUGGGGACAUUGAGGCAGCUCUUAAAUACUAUAGGAAUAUUAGGAAAGUGGGACUUUUUCCUGAUACUGUAACUCACCGAGCUGUUCUUCAUAUCUUGUGCCAGCGGAAAAUGGUUGCAGAAGCUGAAGCUGUGAUGGCCGAGAUGGACAGAAAUAGCAUUCGCAUUGAUGAGCACUCUGUUCCUGUUAUUAUGCAGAUGUAUGUCAAUGAAGGUUUAGUCGGACAGGCGAAAGCUCUGUUCGAGAGGUUCCAGUUGGAUUGUGUGCUUUCGUCAACCACACUUGCAGCGGUAAUGGAUGUCUAUGCUGAAAAGGGACUGUGGGUUGAAGCGGAGACUGUGUUCUAUGGGAAAAGAAACAUGACAGGUCAGAGGAAUGAUGUUUUGGAGUACAAUGUCAUGAUCAAAGCUUAUGGUAAGGCCAAACUUCAUGAGAAAGCACUUUCUAUCUUCAAAGGGAUGAAGAACCAAGGGACUUGGCCUGAUGAGUGCACUUACAAUUCCCUUAUCCAGAUGCUUGCUGGGGUUGACUUAGUGGACGAUGCCCAGAGGAUAUUGGCUGAAAUGCUGGAUUCGGGCUGUAAACCCGGAUGCAAGACCUAUGCUGCUUUGAUAGCUAGCUAUGUGCGGCUUGGCCUGUUGUCUGAUGCAGUUGACCUGUACGAGGCAAUGAAAAAAACAGGGGUGAAGCCGAAUGAAGUUGUUUAUGGUUCCUUAAUUAAUGGGUUUGCUGAGAGUGGAAUGGUCGAAGAAGCGAUUCAAUACUUUAAAUUGAUGGAAGAACAUGGUGUUCAGUCCAAUCAUAUCGUUCUGACUUCCCUUAUCAAGGCUUAUAGCAAAGUGGGGUGUCUUGAAGAAGCUAGGAGAGUGUAUGACAAAAUGAAGGAUUCAGGAGGUGGCCCAGAUGUUGCUGCAUCAAACAGCAUGCUAAGUCUCUGUGCAGAUCUCGGCAUAGUUUCAGAAGCAGAAUCCAUUUUCAAUGAUCUGAGAGAAAAAGGCACAUGUGAUGUCAUUUCGUUUGCAACAAUGAUGUAUUUAUACAAGGGAAUGGGCAUGCUCGAUGAGGCCAUUGAAGUGGCUGAAGAGAUGAGAGAGUCUGGUCUACUAAGAGACUGCACUUCGUUCAACCAGGUUUUGGCUUGCUACGCCGCUGAUGGGCAGUUACGUGAAUGCUGUGAACUGUUUCAUGAGAUGCUAGUUGAAAGAAAGCUCUUGCUGGAUUGGGGAACGUUUAAAACACUCUUCACUCUGUUGAAGAAAGGUGGGGUGCCAAGUGAAGCUGUGGCACAGCUACAAACCGCCUAUAACGAAGCUAAACCACUUGCCACACCAGCUAUAACUGCAACUCUGUUUUCAGCCAUGGGUCUGUAUGCAUACGCGCUGGAAUCAUGCCAAGAGCUCACAAGAGAUGAAAUCCCUCGCGAGCAUUAUGCGUACAACGCAGUGAUAUACACUUAUAGCGCAUCAGGAGAUAUUGACAUGGCCCUAAAGACAUACAUGAGAAUGCAGGAAAAGGGUUUAGAACCAGAUGUUGUCACACAGGCCUACCUUGUUGGGAUAUACGGAAAAGCUGGAAUGGUGGAAGGUGUGAAGAGGGUACAUAGCCGGCUUACGUUUGGGGAGCUCGAACCAAACCAGUCGUUGUUUAAAGCAGUUAGAGAUGCUUAUGUGAGUGCAAACAGACAGGACUUGGCUGAUGUGGUGAAGAAAGAGAUGAGCAUUGCUUUUGAAGCUGAAAGGGAGUGUAGUUCAAGAUCUGGGGAAGAAGAAGAAGAAGAAGAAGAGGAGGAGGAAUCUGAAGAAGACGAGGCAUUUUGAAGUGUAGCCAACAAUGUAUGUAGGAAGAUUGUAGAAUAUAGGAUUUAGUGGAAAUGGACUGUACAGUUUGACAGAAGCCAAAAGGAAAUAUGCAUACUUUCAGUCUCAGAUUGAUCUCUGGUAAA